AUGAGUAGUCCCAAGGCUGUCAUGGCGGUGGCAGCGCUUCUGCUGCUGCUGGUAUCCCUAUCGGCAGGGGCGAACACGACGGACUCAUCUGAGUGGGAGUGGGAGAAGAUCCAGGAGUUGCACCGGCAGGUCUUGGCGGACUGGAAGGCAGGCCACGGAAAGAACAAGAGGAGCGAGGUAGAGACUCGGCGGGUGUUCGCGGAGUGGAAGGCGGUGCACGGCAAGAAGUACACCUCCGCCCGCGAGGAGGAGCGCCGUUACGCCGCCUUCAAGGACUUCCUCCGCCAGAUUGAUCUGCACGAGGCCGCCUUCGGCGCCAACUCAGUCUUCACCAUCAACGGGCCGUUCAGCGACCUCACCGAUGAGGAGUCAAGGGCCUUGACCGAGAGCUAUCUAUUCGAUCCAUACCAGGAGAGAGAAGAUCAAUAUGUUAUUAAUUAG